GUCUUGACCGCGACCGCGAUGGCGUCCGAGUCGGCCGCGUCCGCUCAGCCUCCCAGUAAACGAUGGGCAUACUUUCACUCCGCUCUCCAGCUCGCCAUACAACGUUCUUCUCACAAAUGGACGUACGAAGACUUCACCGAAUGUUUUUCUUUGUGGUGUGAGGAGCAGCCGGAGAACGCACCCAGGAUUUUUACUACAGUCUCGAGACAUAUGGAGGAUCAGAUCACAGAGAACUGCGAAGAACUCUUGAAGCAAUUCAACGUGCGAGAAAACCUGGACAAUCUGCACGCAGUCGUAACAGAGGCGCGUAUAAGGAAACAAAGUGGAAAUUACGAUGGCAAGGACGUAUGGCGAGAAGACCUACACCCAAGUGUUGCCGUAAGAGCGCGAACAACCCCUUUACUGGAGAAGGAACGGGAUCGUCUACGGGCAGAACUCGAGGAACUGGAGAACGAGAACCUGGAACUGCAGAGCCAAUUGCAGAGCAAUGUCAAGGCGAGGGAGGAAGCCGAUGCCGAGGCGUCCAAAUUGUUGGACAUUCUUGAUGAGGUUCAUGCCAAAUGGAAUCAGCUUCAAACGGAAGAGAUACAGUCUUGGUCCUUGCAGAUGGCCGAGUCGCUCAGUGGGAGCAGACCGUUGUGAGUCUUACGAUUGUGUUCUGUAGGCUGUGGGUUUGUAUCAUAGUCUGUAUACUAGUUGCAG